UGCUGAGAUUAGAAAAUAGGAAAGAGGUUAAGACAAAGGAAGGGGAAAAAAGAGAGAGAGAUCAACAAGGACUGGACAAAUUAUCAGUCAAUGUGAAGAGGACAAGUGAGAAUAAAAGGUGUAGGGACAUAAAGGAAAAUAUAGAGAGUUUAUAGGAAAGUCAUCGAAAGAGUGAGGUUGCUAGGAAUGAGAGGGUUCUGGACAUUUUAUAAAAACAAAAUGAAAAUGUAAAAAAAGGGGGGUGCGAAUGAGCAAGUUUGGGAAAACUGAAGAUCUGAAGAAGAAAAAUUGAGGGAGAACAUGAGCGAAGGAGAUGUGAAUUGCAAAAAGAAUGUGACAGAGUGAAAAAUAAUAACGGGAGAGAGCAAGAUAAAGGAGAAAAAGAAAGGGACGACGGAACAAGAGAGACAGUGAAGGACCGAGGCAGACAGACAUAACAUGAGAAAUGAGAGUUUGAGAAAGACAGUGAUGGAGUGAGAGACAGAGAUUUGCAGAGGGGCUGUGGAGAGAGCAUAAAAAGGGCUAAAUGUGGAAGGUGAAGGAGGAGAGGUAGAUCAUGGAAUAGAAAGAAGUGAGUAAACAAGAGAAGUGUAAAACAGACCGCAGAGGAUAGGGGUUAAGGAAACUGAGAUGUAUAAAAACCAAAGAACAGGGAAGGUUAUAAUGUAGAGGAAAGGCUAAAGCUAGUGAGGACAGGGAAGAGAGUACAAUAAAUAAAGAAACGAGACGGCAUUAAGCAAAAUGCAAAUGUGAGAGAGCUGGAAAUUGCCAUUGACACAGCACAGAUACUGCCUAUCCAGCACCCUGCCUCUGCAGUCCGCGCAACAUUUGGGCUUGAAGCCAUUGGUGACAAGGCAGCGAUUGGAGAUUCCUUAACCAGAGCCAUUAGGCAUCUAAAAGUGUUCCAUGGGUUUGACCUGCUGUGAGAACUAUCCCAGUUCCUUUACUGGUUCCACGUUGGGAGAGCAAAACAUCUAAGGAACCUUUAAGAGAUAUGGAGACACACCACACCGGAGCAUUUAUGCUGCCUCCAUACUCUGAAAUCAAAACCCCUGGCUGUCAGUUCCCAGCCCAUGCUACCUUUCAUAAGCUGAGUCCAUCAGUAUUGGGAUGUCACUUACCUGCAGGGACACCCCACGGCAUUUCUGACAUCCUUGGAAGACCACUGCCCGCUUCACAUGGUGGGAUGUUGACAGGAUACCCAACGGUACCAGCUUAUGGACGGGCUUCAGCCGCAGGGAGCUGUUACGGAGAGCAAGCGGGCAUCAUGACCAAGGGUGGAACUCCAUACAGCAAUCAGAGUCAAGGAGGAUGGGCAGAGAUUGGACAGGAAUGGAGAACAGGGAGUCGGACACUCAGUAAUGCUUCUGCAGGGAACACAGACAUAUCUGCACGUAAGAAGCACACGCGUCCCACCUUUACAGGCCACCAAAUUUUUGCCCUUGAGAAGACCUUUGAACAGACCAAAUACCUUGCUGGUCCAGAGCGGGCAAGACUAGCUUUCAGUUUAGGCAUGAGCGAAUCUCAAGUCAAGGUCUGGUUUCAAAACCGUCGCACUAAAUGGAGAAAGAAGAGUGCUGCAGAUCCUUCCUGUCACACAUCCAUGAACACGAGGCUCCCAGGAGAACUUACCCCAUCAGAGAAUGAAGAUGAUGAAUACUGCAAGCCUCUAGAUCCUGAUUCAGAUGAUGAAAAAAUCCGGCUAUUGCUGCGGAAACACCGGGCAGCCUUCUCUGUUCUCAGUCUUGCACCCCACAACCUAUGACUUUACAAGGGGUUAUCAAACCUGCCACCAUGAGCCGUAAAGGGGAUUUAACAGAAUAUUUUGCAACACUGGGAGAAGUAGGGGUUCUCUUAAUAUAUAUAUAUAUCAAUAUAGCAAAUAAUCAUUUAAUGCCCCCACUACCUCAGAAUAAAUUAUGUAUUAAAAGAAAACCUUAAUUAGGAUGGAAACUAUGAAUCAUGACACAAAAUAGAGAAAAUGCCAACAAGACAGGGUUCCACCAAGAUUCAACAAUGCACCCCACAAUUUAUUACAUUGUAAAACAUUCCUAGAUUUGCAUUUAGAACAUCAAAUGUGUUUAUAGAGCAUACAUGAGUAGCCAGCUUCCUGCUCUUUAUUGAAAGACAACUCUCAAGUGUUGAGAUUUCUCGUCAUCAACUCAGCUUGCCGAAUUCCCUGUGUUUUCCUUUACACAUCACUUUUACGUACUAUUCAGUCAGUUUUAAAAAAAAAGUGCUGCUCUGUAGUAUAUAAAAUGCAACCAAUUAAAAUGUGUGUUUUGUUGUUUU